CGAAACGAGUGCCGGAGGCAGCGGAAGAAGAAAAGUAGUGAAAGAAAAAUGGAUCGAAAAUUGCACAGUGGCAUACAUCACCCAACGCUGCGUCUGCUGCAGGAAUCAGGCUGUGAAAUACUGCCCCACAAUCUGAUGUACCCGGUGUUCAUCAUCAGCAACGACGACGAUGAGCAGCCAAUUGCGAGCAUGCCGGGAAUCUCACGUUACGGCGUGAAUCGAUUACGCGAGCACUUAGAGCCACUGGUGGCGAAGGGACUGGCAUCUGUGCUGCUCUUCGGUGUCGUGGACUGUGGAUUGAAGGAUGAGUUUGCCACUCAUGCGGACUCCAAACAGAAUCCUGUCGUCCUGGCGUUGCCCAAGCUGCGCGAAUGGUUUCCGACCCUGCUCAUCGCAUGCGAUGUGUGCAUCUGUCCCUAUGCCUCUCACGGGCAUUGCGGCCUGCUUGGUGAUGCGGGUCUGGAGAAUGCAGCGAGCAUCGAGCGCAUUGCGGGCAUAGCAGUGGCAUAUGGCAGAGCUGGUGCCCACGUGGUCGCCCCCUCGGACAUGAUGGACAACCGGGUGCGGGCGAUCAAACAGGCGCUGAUCGAUGCCAAGCUGAACAAUGUUUCGCUCCUGGCCUACUCAGCAAAGUUUGCCUCAAAUUUCUAUGGUCCCUUCCGGGAUGCAGCUCAAUCGGCGCCUGCCUUCGGCGAUCGUCGGUGCUAUCAGCUGCCCAGCGGUUCCCGGAAUCUGGCCAUGCGUGCGGUGCAGCGGGAUGUGAGCGAGGGAGCCGACAUGCUGAUGGUGAAGCCCGGCAUGCCGUAUCUGGACAUAUUGCGUCAGACCAAGGACACCUAUCCGUAUCACACGCUGUACGUUUAUCAGGUGUCCGGGGAAUACGCCAUGUUGUAUCACGCCGCCAAGGCGGGCGCCUUUCCACUCCGCGAGGCAGUCCUCGAAUCGAUGAAGGGCUUCAAACGCGCCGGUGCCGAUUGCAUUAUCACCUAUUUUACUCCCUAUCUACUGGACAUAAUCCACAAAUCGGCGUAAUCGGACUUCAAACAGUACCUCAGAGUUGCCCUUCUUCUCUGCUUGUGUUCAAAGUGUACUUAACAGAAAAAACGUAUCUAGUUCGUAAGUCCAAAAACGCGUGCAAAUAUUAUAAGUAGACCAAUUUCCAAAUGUAAAUUUGAUAUAUGUGUAGAAAUUUGUCUGUAAUUAUUUUAGCAAAUCAUCGAAAAAGCAUUUAUCUAUAUACGUUCAUAGUCGGAUUUGUAUUUGUCUGUAGUUGUCAUUCAAUAUGCUUAUCUGUUCAAUCGUAUUUGGAAGUCAAAUGCUUACCCUUCCACAACCCACCAACCCCUCCACCAACCUCCACGGCAACAACAACACGAAUCCCUCGCGAAUGUUGCGUCAUAAAACGUUUCGUCAAUUAACCGAAAGCAAAGCGCACAAUCAGCAUGACAAUUUGCAGAGGUACAAUUUUGAAAUAUAUAUAUAAUGUUAUAUAUAUACAUAUAUAUAGAUAUAUAAAUGGGGGUCAGUAGAAAAUAAGAAGUUUGGAUUUUUUUGAAGCAACAUUUUUUGAAUAUAGAGUUAAAAUUGUGAGAACCUUUGAAGCAACUAUAAUUAUGUCCAAAUUUGAAGCAUUCUUAUUUAUAUAUAUACAUAUAUACAUGACUGUUUAUAUAUAUGUAUGUAAAUACAUAGGAAAUAAGAACUUCCGUUUGCGAGAACUUUCUAUAAGGUUUCUUACGAAACUUUUUUAUCUGCUGAAUACAAACUUGAAAUUGCGAAAACCUUUCAAGCAAUUAUAAUAAUGUUAAAAGUUGUAGCAUUCAUAUUUAAAUAUAUAUAUGUACUAUAUAUGUGUAUACCUGACAAUAUAUACCUGUUCCAACCGGACGCUCCGCUUUGCGUGAAAGCAUAUUAAAUUAUUGCUUAGCAGUUGAAUGUUUGCACUUUAAUUAAAUAUACAAAUUGUUUGUUGUUUUUUUGGUUUGCAAUAUGGUGAGAAUGGAAUUGGCCUCAAUCUUAAAUGCUAAAACCUAAGUGGUAUAUUUUUGAUGUGGUGUGGUGCAAUAUUAAGUCUUGGAAUGUGUUUGUAAACUCACAAAAUAAAGUGCAUUUAAGUACUUAGAUACUCAGUUUAAGUACAACGAAUGCGAAAGCACAA